UAAUUUUAAAUCUGUGCAUCCCACUUCCUCCAACGAAAAAUGAAAGUUAGGGAGUCCAAAUUUACCCAAAAAUAAUGAGAUAUUCCCCAAAGCCGACUAAACUUCAUCCCAUUAAUUUUGAGUAAAAAAAAUCAUUCCCUCUAUCUCGUUUUCCGGCAGUGAAAUAAGGACAGCAAAUUAAAAUUACCUACUGGUAGGUAAUGGAUUUUAAGUGUAACCUGCAAGUUACGGCGGGUAGCCUAGAGACUUACCUAGCUGCGUUGGUAUUGUGCCACUUUGACGUUUAAAUUGAGUUCGUUUUGAAGUGUUUAUUUCCAAUUCUAUCAAGAACAGUACUGAUCGCGAGCGUGCUGCAAAAAUUAAAUUUCAUCUGGAAUAAAUUGUGCUGAUUGAAGACAACAAAAUGAGCUCCAUUCAGUGCCAGUUGUGGAUGGGGAGUCUGGAGACGUACAUGACGGAAAGCUUCAUUCUUGCUGCCUUCCGGAAACUUGGCGAGGAUCCGCAGACCGUCAAGCUGAUGAGAAAUAAGUACACUGGGGAGCCGGCCGGGUAUUGCUUUGUAAGCUUCAAAACCGACGAAGCAGCAAUAGAUGCCAUGCAUAAGCUGAAUGGUAAACCUAUUCCGGGAACAAAUCCUUUAGUACGCUUCCGGUUGAACAGUGCCACCAACAAUCAGAGUAAAGCACUACUUGCGGAUCGAGAAUUCAGCGUUUGGGUAGGAGAUCUUAGCUCCGAUGUGGACGAUUACAGCUUGUAUCGGGUGUUUUCCGCCAAGUAUACGUCAAUUAAAACAGCAAAGGUCAUUUUGGAUAGUUCAGGAUUUUCCAAAGGCUAUGGCUUUGUUAAAUUUGGCUUAGAAGACGAGCAGAAAAAUGCGUUGUACGAAAUGAAUGGUUUUAUCGGUUUAGGUAGUAAACCGUUAAAAAUUUGCAAUGCUGUCCCUAAACCGAAAUCAGAACUGAUGGGAAUAACAGGAACGGGGACAACUCCCCCGACCAGCACACCCAGUUUAGUUGGAUAUGGAACUGGCACCGACUAUUCCCAAUACUAUGAUCCAUCGUCCUACUGGCAAAAUUACAACGCUUGGCAAGGAUACUAUGAUGCCUCCGCCUCAACAGAUGCUUAUUCCGCUUACCAGAUGCCAACAGCCGCCGCGCAAGCGGCAGUCGAUGCUACGGCGGCUUAUGCACAACAGCAAGCAUACGAACAACAUCAGCAUCAUCACCAUCAUGCGCAGGUCGAGGACGAAGAGCUGACAUUGGUGGAUCACAAAUUUACACUGGAUGUGGACAAGCUGAACCGUGAAAUGAUGGAACGUGAUCGCAAUCUUUACGAUGCACUAGAGAGCUCUAAGUGGAUGCCUGUGGAGCAGUUGGAAAUAUUUUAAUUUUUUAAACUUUAAAUUAUAACUUUUGGCUUAGAUUGUCAAUUCAAUCAAGGUGUACAGCAGGUUCACAUUAACAAAUACAUAAACAAUUAAAUUGAUUAA